AAUGCACACCUCACUCAGCACCAGAGAGUUCACACUGGCAAAAAAACCGUAUCAGUGUAAAGAAUGUAAAAAAGCCUUCAGCCAGAUUGCACACCUGACUCAGCACCAGAGAGUGCAUACUGGAGAGAGACCUUUUGAAUGUGCUGACUGUGGGAAGGCCUUUAGAAAUGGCUCGUUUCUUGCUCAGCAUCAGAGAAUUCAUACAGGAGAGAAGCCUUAUGUAUGCAGUGUGUGUGGCAAAGCCUUUAGCCACCAUGGAUACUUAAUUGUGCAUCAAAGAAUUCACACUGGAGAAAGGCCUUACCAGUGUAAGGAAUGUAGGAAAGCCUUCAGCCAGUACGCACACCUAGCUCAACACCAGAGAGUUCACACCGGAGAGAAACCUUUCGAAUGUAAAGUCUGCAGAAAAGCCUUCAGCCAGGUCUCGUACCUUGAUCAACAUCAGAGGGUCCAUACGGGGGAGAAACCAUAUGAAUGUAUUGAAUGUGGGAAAGCCUUUAGUAAUAGUUCAUCACUGGCACAACAUCAAAGAAGUCAUACUGGAGAAAAGCCCUACACGUGUAAGGAAUGUAGAAAAACAUUCAGCCAGAAUGCAGGCUUGGCACAGCACCAGAGAAUUCACACUGGGGAAAAGCCUUAUGAAUGUAAUAUUUGUGGCAAAGCCUUUAGCUACAGUGGGUCUCUUACUCUACAUCAAAGAAUUCAUAGGGGAGAGAGACCUUUCGAGUGUAAGGAUUGCAGGAAAUCUUUCAGGCAGUGUGCACACCUUGCUCAUCAUGAAAGAAUCCAUACAGUGGAAUCAUUCUUGACUCUGUCCUUUCCCUCACACCCCAUGUCCAAUCAGUUGCCAAGACCUAUAGGUUUUAUCUCCUGAAUAAUUCCUGGAAUCCAAUUACUUUUUUUCCCUUUACAUCUCUUCAUUUUUGUCCAAUAUGCAAUAAUUUAUUUGAGCUGGACUAUGGAAAUAACUUUCUAAUUGGUCUUUCUAUAUUUAACAAUUUCUCUGUACUUUUUUCCAAAUUGCAGCUGAACAUGCAUUUACAUGUUUGUCAUAAGCAGGGGAGAAUGCUCAGGUGAUAA